CCGGAGCUGACGUGGAUGGUGAGCCUGACUUCCUCAAUUACAAGUCGCACAUAAAAGCCCGAAUUGACACAAGAGACUGACAUCAAGACCAUUGUCUCCACGUCACGCUCUGCAACCGACCAAACACCCCAAAAACUAUCCGAUGGCGCACAAUACCAAUCGUGAGCGCAAGUCUUGGAAGGACGACACCCGAUGGCUGUACAAGAACCUCGACCGCCAGAGAUGCCUAGGCACAAUUGCUCCCGCCGGCCUCGAGCCCUGCGGCGAGCCCGUCACGAGUGAAGAGGAGGCCACGGUCCUGGGUACGUUCUGCUGGACCGCCGAAAAGACUGUCAGGGUCCCCGGCGGCGAGCCCGUCUUUCAAAACGUCCCACUCCCAGCUGCGCUGCCUCGGGCGCCGAACCUAAAGGCUGCUGCCAAGAUCAGAACCAUGCCUCCGCACAUUCUCGCGCCCUUGGCUCAGGCCAUCACCACCAUGUCCCCAUCCCAUCACCUGCGCAACACGGAUCUCGUCGUCUCUCGCAACAGUCUGCGCAAACUCUUUGCUCUGUGCGCAGGUCGCAAUCAGGACAGCUUCCGGAUCGGUCUGCACUUGAUUAACGACACGCUGGUUAUAACCAAGGAUGACAGGUUCCUUUGGCAUCCCGGCGUCACCCGUUCAGAGGGCGUGGGUCUGAGCUUCGAGAACCGGUUCGCAAAACCCCUCGCGGGUAGGGAAGAUGACCAGUCGCACCAUCGCAUCCUCGCGUACAACCUGGGCGAUCUCCGUUGUGUCGUGCAGUUUGAGGUCGACGCAUGCUACUACCCAGAUGCAAAACCACCAGACGAGGCGCCAGAGGUUCCGGCAGCCGAUAAUGGCCUCGCAAUGGCAGACAGGCUGCGACAACUCAGUCUCGGACCUGCCGCCUCCCCACCCACCGACCGCGACGCCACCGCAGCUGCAGCCUCAAGCCAGACGACGCCUCGCCCUAUCGCCCCGCAAUCGGCCAUGGCCGAACUGAAAACCACCAACUCGCGUUCAAAGCUCAGGGAGGCGCUGCCGCAGCUCUGGUUUGGCAGGACACCAUGGUUCAUCCAGGGCUUUCGGAGCGGCGACACCGUCACAAAGGUCGAGGCCACCAGCGCGGCUGGACGCUUCGCCGAGUGGGAGCAGGGAAACCAGGAGACCCUGCGUCGCGUCGUCAGCUGCAUCCGCGAGCUCCGCGAGACGCUCAGGGCUGCUGGGCCGGCGAGGAGACACUGCGUUCUCGUCUACGACAAGGGCGCGCAGGGGCAGCAACCUGGGCCGCGCGGCGUCGUCCGGGUGUUCCGGUCAAACGUUGUAAGGGAUCCUGUGCCAAGGGAGAUGGUCGAGGCUCUCUGGGGCCCGGGUUAGGGGAUCUGGAUGAAGGUUGUGCGGUGCAGUUUAUGACGGGGACCCUUGGUCGUCUUGUCCUACCCCGCCAGAUAGAGCUCGACCUAGCGACUGUUCAAAAGCUUGUCUUUCUUUUCCUCCCUGGUGGCCAAAACUUUGCUCAACAUUUCGGGACGGGCUGCGAUCUGAUCAAUGCCAACCGUUGACGUCCCAUCUUUCUACGCUUCAAGUCCGCAAUGGGAAUGGUCAGUGGCAUGUGGGCUUCAAAAAUCACUUGGUAGCUAGUGAAGGAAUGCUGACGAGAGCCGGUUGAACAUGAUUCACUUUUGGCAGCUUUUCACCACGCCAUCCUCACGAAAAGGCUGAGGGGCUUUGGUGUUGCCAUCGCUCAUGUUACAUGGACAAGCUUGACAUUAUCAACACGAACAUAUUGUUUCCGA